AUGGCCACUGCAGCUCCAGCCAAUGGCCAGGCCCAUACCCACACUCGCUGGUCCCGGGCGCCGUGCCACUCCACUGUCCACAAGGGUGGGGGACGCCUGCAGUCAGCCCAGACCGAAGAGGUCACCCAGUUGGUGGCUGAGGUUGGCUCGGAUAAAAUCCUCCAGGAUCAUGAGACGAGAGUCUGGAUUUCUGUGCUCCGUGUUGUUAUGUGCACAGGCCUGGGGUGGGACACGGACACCAGCACAGGCCUGGGGCGGGACACGGACACCAGCACAGGCCUGGGGCGGGACACGGACACCAGCACAGGCCUGGGGCGGGACACGGACACCAGCACAGACCUGGGGCGGGACACAGACACCAGGACAGACCUGGGGCGGGACACGGACACCAGGACAGACCUGGGGCGGGACACAGACACCAGGACAGACCUGGGGCGGGACACAGACACCAGCACAGACCUGGGGCGGGACACAGACACCAGGACAGGCCUGGGGUGGGACACGGACACCAGCACAGGCCUGGGGCGGGACACGGACACCAGCACAGACCUGGGGUGGGACACAGACACCAGCACAGACCUGGGGCGGGACACAGACACCAGCACAGACCUGGGGCGGGACACAGACACCAGCACAGGCCUGGGGCGGGACACGGACACCAGGACAGGCCUGGGGCGGGACACAGACACCAGCACAGGCCUGGGCACAGGCCUGGGGUGGGACACGGACACCAGCACAGACCUGGGGCGGGACACAGACACCAGCACAGACCUGGGGCGGGACACGGACACCAGCACAGACCUGGGGCGGGACACAGACACCAGCACAGACCCGGGGUGGGACACGGACACCAGCACAGACCUGGGGCGGGACACGGACACCAGCACAGACCCGGGGUGGGACACGGACACCAGGACAGGCCUGGGGCGGGACACGGACAACAGGACAGGCCUGGGGUGGGACACGGACACCAGCACAGACCUGGGGCGGGACACGGACAACAGGACAGGCCUGGGGUGGGACACGGACACCAGCACAGACCUGGGGCGGGACACGGACACCAGGACAGGCCUGGGGCGGGACACGGACACCAGCACAGACCUGGGGCGGGACACAGACACCAGCACAGGCCUGGGGCGGGACACGGACACCAGCACAGACCCGGGGUGGGACACGGACACCAGCACAGGCCUGGGGCGGGACACAGACACCAGCACAGGCCUGGGGCGGGACACGGACACCAGCACAGGCCUGGGGUGGGACACGGACACCAGCACAGACCUGGGGCGGGACACAGACACCAGCACAGGCCUGGGGCGGGACACGGACACCAGCACAGGCCUGGGGUGGGACACGGACACCAGCACAGACCUGGGGCGGGACACAGACACCAGCACAGACCCGGGGUGGGACACGGACACCAGGACAGGCCCGGGGCGGGACACGGACAACAGGACAGGCCUGGGGUGGGACACGGACACCAGCACAGACCUGGGGUGGGACACGGACACCAGGACAGGCCUGGGGCGGGACACGGACAACAGGACAGGCCUGGGGUGGGACACGGACAACAGGACAGGCCUGGGGCGGGACACGGACACCAGCACAGACCUGGGGCGGGACACGGACAACAGGACAGGCCUGGGGUGGGACACGGACAACAGGACAGGCCUGGGGCGGGACACGGACACCAGCACAGACCUGGGGUGGGACACGGACACCAGCACAGGCCUGGGGCGGGACACAGACACCAGCACAGACCCGGGGUGGGACACGGACACCAGCACAGACCUGGGGCGGGACACGGACACCAGCACAGGCCUGGGGUGGGACACGGACACCAGCACAGACCUGGGGCGGGACACGGACACCAGCACAGACCCGGGGUGGGACACGGACACCAGCACAGACCUGGGGUGGGACACGGACACCAGCACAGACCUGGGGCGGGACACGGACACCAGCACAGACCUGGGGCGGGACACGGACACCAGCACAGACCCGGGGCGGGACACAGACACCAGCACAGACCCGGGGUGGGACACAGACACCAGGACAGGCCUGGGGCGGGACACAGACACCAGGACAGGCCUGGGGUGGGACACAGACACCAGCACAGACCCGGGGUGGGACACAGACACCAGGACAGGCCUGGGGCGGGACACAGACACCAGCACAGGCCUGGGGCGGGACACGGACACCAGGACAGGCCUGGGGCGGGACACGGACACCAGCACAGGCCUGGGGCGGGACACGGACACCAGCACAGACCUGGGGCGGGACACGGACACCAGGACAGGCCUUGGGGUGGGACACGGACACCAGGACAGGCCUGGGGCGGGACACGGACACCAGGACAGGCCUUGGGGUGGGACACGGACACCAGGACAGGCCUGGGGCGGGACACGGACACCAGGACAGGCCUGGGGCGGGACACGGACACCAGGACAGGCCUUGGGGUGGGACACAGACACCAGCACAGGCCUGGGGCGGGACACGGACACCAGCACAGACCUGGGACGGGACACGGACACCAGCACAGGCCUGGGGCGGGACACAGACACCAGGACAGACCUGGGGCGGGACACAGACACCAGGACAGGCCUGGGGCGGGACAUGGACACCAGGACAGACCUGGGGUGGGACACGGACACCAGCACAGACCUGGGGCGGGACACGGACACCAGGACAGACCUGGGGCGGGACACAGACACCAGGACAGACCUGGGGCGGGACACAGACACCAGGACAGACCUGGGGUGGGACACGGACACCAGGACAGACCUGGGGUGGGACACAGACACCAGCCACAAUGCAAGAUGA